AUGGAUCACCCGCCACCACUGGGUGUCCCGGUCCUCAUCACUUGCACCCAAGGAACAGCACAAGCGUUGGCAGAAUUCAGUCCUGUAUACAAGAGGCAAAAGGCCAAAUGUCUCCCAGGCGUGCUUGGCAUGCCCCAGCUGGAGAGACGGCCUCCACCUCCCUCAUUUUCCAUCAUGCUGUCUUCUCCCGUCACGUCCUUUCUAGCAAUGGUUCACCUUGACUCCCUUUUGCUGCCAAAUGCACUGCAGAGCCCUUUCCGGGCUGCCUGGAGCAACGUGCUGCAGAGAUACAGCAUCCAGCUGGCAGCGUGGGGCUCCCUGCUCAUCUACCAGGGCUCCUACUUGCUGGUGUCCCUGCCAGGCUUCAUCCACCGGUUCAUCCCAGCCAUGAAGAAAUACAAGAUUCAGCCUGACAAGCCUGAAACUUGGGAAGAGCAAUGGAAGCGUGUCAAGAUCUCACUGACAAGGAACCCCACUUUCCUUCCACCAGCAUUCAUUUUAGGCUACUCUUAUUCAGAGUACUUCAACAUCCCUUACGACUGGGACUCCGCGUCUCCAUGGUGUUCUGUUACUGCUCAAUGCUUGGGCUGCUUUAUAAUUGAAGAUACGUGGAUGUGCAUCACGCACAGAUGAAUGCAUCAUAAGACCUUCUACCCAUAUUUACAUAAACUUCAUCACGAAUUUAAGACUGACAUUCGUCUCUUCAGUCGCUGCUGUAGCUCAGGGUCUGUGAACAGAGACGUCACCCCUGAAUCCCCCUCUGCCAGCAGCGUACUGGACACCCAGGGGUACAACGUCCCUUGGAACCCGCUCCGGUACAUCCCCUUCAAGCUCGACGCUGCUUUCCGUGACCUCCAUCACAGCAACUUUCACAGAAACUACCCUCCUGCCUUCAGCAGGUGGGACAAGUUAUUUGGGACAGGCAAGGAGCAUAAGGCAUUUCUUGCAAAGAAAAAGCAGAAGGAAAUCCAGAAAAGUGAUUAA